CGGGGGAAGGCAGGAGCCGCAUUCUCUUUCAUGAGCAAGGACAGAAAAUAUCCUGCGCAGAGUACCGUUAUUGCUCUCGGGACUCGCUGGCAAUGGCGUGAUGCUUGCAUGGAAGGCUUGCAUUCUGCUUUGCAUGGUUCAACGUCCUAGUGGGUGGGCGUCCGUUCACCGUAGUAAUACGGGCGACAGGCGCCUUCCAAGUUCCCAGUCCUUCCGCCAGCUAUUCUCAGCUGCUCUCCCUUAGGCUCCCUUAGGAAGACCACCUGCACAGCUGGUGCAAUGCAAGCUGCAAGCAGGCGGGCCGCCAGCGGCUCGCAUGCUUCCAUCAGCGGGCAGGGACUCUGCACGGACACUUAUCCGACACUGACAUCAUGCAAGGGCGCCUUGCACCUAAGAGCACAACCUUCUCUCUGCUUGAAAACCAGCUUCUUUUCCCGGCCCCUCCCAAUCUGUCCAAAGGUACGCAAGCAUGAGGGGUUGCCACCUAGAUUCUGUCGUGCGUUUGUGUUCAAGCAAGGGGAUGAGGGGGAUGGGCGCCGAGUUGGCCAGCAGGAGCGCAGACGGAGCAUCCGAAGCGCCAGAUGUCCGAGGCCCUGGCCUGGGAUCACAACUGCAGCUAAAUUUGCACGGAAGGAUGCAAUAAUUUUAGAUGAAAGGGCGCGCAAUGAUCUGAGCAUGCUGCAAAGGGGUUUUGUUGAGCUGGACAAUAAGGCGCGCCAGGAUAUGGCGCUUCUGGACACGCGCGCCAAGGCAGAUGCCCGCCGGCUGCGACACAUUGCCCUGGGGGUCGAGGCCAGCCUUGCAAUCGCAGGCAAGGAACACUGGAGUGACGGGGCGCUUGAGGCGGACCUGCGGCUCGCCGACCUCCGCGCCCGGCGGCGCGUGAUGGAGGACGCGUACGCUGCUGCCACGUCAGUAAGAGCGAUCCAGGAGGGGCUCACGCGGCUCAUCCAGGCGAAGUCGGCCGCUAAGAGCGGCUCGUCCAAGCGGAAGGGUGCGCGCUCGUCGAAAACUAGACUGAGUACGGCUGAGCAGGCGGCAGAGAUGCAGGCGGCGUAUUUGGAGGUGGUGGGCAGUCUGGCCCAGGAGACAGCAGAAAGCACGGCCAGUGCGGAGGACAGCGAAGAGCUGGAGCUAAUUGUGGCGGCGCUGCUGGAUUUCGACGAAGCUGACGGGGGCAGCGCCGCAGUGCUCGUGACCGAGGCGUCCCACUCGCCCGACGCGGCAACUAGGCGAGCAUUGGCAGAGGCUUUGGCGGCUGCUCCCUCGCUAUGGGCUCUCGGGAACGCGGGCAUCAGCGCCCUCGAGCGUCUCUCCAACGAUCGGAACAAGCUUGUCGCGCGUGCGGCAUCAUCAGCACUGGAGGGGCUCAGACAGAAGUGGGAUGAUGAGGCGUCGAGCGGCCUUCUUUUCAUGUUUCCGGGUAUGGGUGGAGGCAAGGAGACUAGCAGCGACGAAAGCGAUGAUGUAGACGGCACUAGCUAGGACACAUCAAUACCAGACGAACCGGGGGUGUUCUUUAACCCUCAACUUGUAAAAGUAGAAUAUGCAAGCGUCCGCAGCGGGCGUGCACAAUGAGACGCAAAGGUGAGGGGUUCUCAAAUGUCACAACAUUCUUUUAUCCUAGUUUCGCUAGCCUCGGUAGAGGUGCAUCAGGGUAGCUUCAAAAACAGCAGUCGCCAUGUGAACCACUGGAAACGGUCAAAGGUCAUCAUUGGAAGUGCAAAGGUGUACAUACUUGUAAUUAGGUAGGAAAGGAGGACAUCGGUUUUGCACGAUCGGAUCCACAUUCGUCUCUGUCAUCGCUUUAAACGUGGGAUAAGUUCGCAUUCGUGUCCCGCAUAUACUCGUGAGAUCAAAAGCUUCACCAAGUUUGCAACAAGUGCUUGCACGGAGCUCAUGG